CAUAAAAGAUGCUCCAGAGAGUGAUCACCAGAAAACCUAUGCAGACCUUUAGGAGGAGCACACCAGGAGCCAGGACAGCACUCUCCACCGGCAGAAAUCCAGAAGUAACAAGAAGACACAGCAAAGCAGAGCCUCUGGGAAGAGAUGCUCCUGGAAACCCUGAAUCCCAUGCACUACAACAUCACCAGCCUGGUGCCAGACACGAUGCCCGUGGCCACAGUGCCCAUACUCAUCCUCAUGUGCUUUCUCUUUCUGAUAUGGAAUCAUGAAGAGACUUCAUCAAUACCAGGGCCAGGAUACUGCAUGGGAAUCGGUCCCCUCCUCUCACAUGGGAGAUUCCUCUGGAUGGGAGUGGGGAAUGCCUGCAACUACUACAACAAGACAUACGGAGAGUUUGUGAGAGUUUGGAUCAGCGGGGAAGAAACGUUUAUAAUUAGCAAAUCCUCAAGUGUGUUCCAUGUAAUGAAGCACUGGCAUUACGUGUCUCGAUUUGGGAGUAAGCUUGGACUGCAGUGCAUUGGCAUGUACGAGAAUGGGAUCAUAUUUAACAACAACCCAGCACACUGGAAAGAAAUUCGACCCUUUUUCACCAAAGCUCUGUCUGGCCCCGGGCUGGUGCGCAUGGUGGCGAUCUGCGUGCAGUCAACCACCGAGCACCUGGACAGGCUGCAGGAGGUGACCACCGAGCUGGGCAACAUCAACGUGCUCAACCUCAUGAGGAGGAUCAUGCUGGACACCUCCAACAAGCUCUUCCUCGGGGUCCCUCUGGAUGAAAAUGCCAUUGUGCUUAAGAUUCAAAACUACUUUGAUGCCUGGCAAGCACUUUUAUUAAAGCCUGAUAUAUUUUUUAAGAUUUCUUGGCUGUGCAAGAAAUACAAAGAUGCAGUCAAGGAUCUUAAAGGAGCAAUGGAAAUCUUAAUAGAACAGAAACGACAAAAACUUUCCACGGUUGAAAAGUUGGAUGAACACAUGGAUUUUGCCUCCCAGCUGAUUUUUGCACAGAACAGAGGGGAUUUGACUGCUGAGAAUGUGAACCAGUGUGUGCUGGAGAUGAUGAUUGCUGCUCCUGACACUCUGUCUGUGACUCUGUUCUUUAUGCUAAUCCUGAUUGCAGAGCACCCCACAGUGGAAGAGGAGAUGAUGAGAGAAAUUGAAAGUGUUGUGGGUGACAGAGACAUACAAAGUGAGGACAUGCCACACUUAAAAAUUGUGGAGAAUUUUAUUUAUGAGAGCAUGAGAUACCAGCCAGUUGUGGAUUUGAUCAUGAGGAAGGCACUACAGGACGAUGUCAUCGAUGGCUACCCUGUCAAAAAGGGCACAAACAUUAUCCUCAACAUCGGGCGGAUGCACAAGCUCGAAUUCUUCCCCAAGCCAAACGAGUUUUCUCUCGAAAAUUUUGAGAAAAAUGUUCCUUCGCGCUAUUUCCAACCCUUCGGCUUCGGCCCCCGGAGCUGCGUGGGCAAGUUCAUCGCCAUGGUCAUGAUGAAGGCAAUCCUAGUGACUCUUCUGAGGAGGUGCAGAGUGCACACAAUGAAAGGAAGAGGCCUGAACAACAUCCAGAAAAACAAUGACUUGUCCAUGCACCCCAUAGAAAGGCAGCCUCUGCUGGAGAUGGUUUUCACACCCAGGAGGAACGCAGACGAGGAUCAGGGGGAUAGAAUGGAGCAGCACUGAGGCCACAGGGCUUUCUCAAACACUAAGAAAUGUUCAUCAUUCCCAGUUAGAUAUAUAAAGUAAAACAUUCUGUUGCCCCUAAAUGACUUCAGGUGACAACUUGGAAAGACUAAAAGUAAAGAACAGUUUUGUUGUAGAUGAUGCCAUGCUAUACAAUUCCUGAUUACUUUUCAAAACCCUAGAGUUCAGACAAAAUUAUGCCUUCCCUUUCAAACACUGCCAGUUCAGAGGGUUGAGGGUCAACAAAUUAACAUACCUGAUGUGUGUUUAACUGCAGGACUACAUGGGUCCUUUUCCACCACCUCCCUGAAGCUGGACCUAGCAGCAUUUGACUACAGCAAAAGUUCUAAUUAUCUGUUCUCAAAACAGCUAGUUGGUUCACUUCAAGACUAAAAAAACCACUUAAAAUAUUUAAGAUCUAUAAGUUGUAAAGAAAUGUUUGAACAAGAAGUCAUUCAAUCAUUUUUCUUUACCAUGUUUUGCUGUCCUAUUAAACAGAUACCAAAGAUUUACAGUGUCACCAAUAGCAGUAAUUUUCGGAGUACUAGGUAAUAAUGGUGAGUUGUUGAGAUAAUUUUUCUAUGUUUUUAAAACCCAGUCUCCUGCUGCAGAGAAUCUGAAAACAUCUUAAUAAAGGCCAGGUGAGAAUGAGGUAAUGAACACCAAACAUUACCACCAGCAUUGCAGGGCUGGGGUAACUUUCAGCCCCAGUUCCUCCCCUGACUGUAGAAAUUUCUCACCUCACCUCAGCUUGAGUGAAGGUCAAAUUCCUUCUAAGCUGCCUAAGAUGUGCCAAAUCUUUUUUUGAUCUAGUUUUAGUUGCUCAGUUCUGCUGCAGAGAGUAAGAUUGGGAGUUGUUGCCCAUGUUCCCACCCACAGCAGGACACAGUGUCCCUCCCAAAGAUCCAAGUAUCUCCUGGUGCUUCUCCUGCAAGAGCUCUGGGCUGUGUCCUGCCCUCCAGCAUCUUGCUCCUUGCCCACUGAUACAGAGAGGCUCUGGAGCUCAAGAACAUAAACAUUCUCACAGGAGGAAAUUUUGCUGGGUAAACACCCAGAGCUUUGUAGUGACAAAGGAGAAAAGUUCUGAAGAAACAAGCAGAUUCCUAGAUAAUGUUUUUCAAGAUGUUUUGCAUACAUAGGUUUUUACUUUAGCUAUAAACCAGGCUGAGGUUUUUACUCAAUCCUUAACAGGAAAAAGUGACAACUACUCAAACAUUCUGUUCAGAACUGACCCAUGCUGAAAUUUGCUCAAUCUGGACAUUGAGAUCUCUACUAGCCUAAUGAGGAGCUGCAACUUUGGUCAAGAAGAAAAUUACCUUCCUGGCUAAAUGACAGCAUUCCUGGACACAGACUUUCCAUUUUCAUUAAGCUUGAGUUUUCAUACUGUGUAACACAAAGAAAGGGAUUUUCCAGAUAAAGUGCCUUGGUAAAGACAACCAACCAAUGUACAAUAGGCUUUAUAUUAACUGUUCCUUCCAAGUCAUUCAAACUAUAAUAGAAGGGAAGAAAAAGGAGGGAAAGGAGAAAAAAUAAGUCUUUACUUUGAAAAUAUAAUUAAAAUUGAUUAAUUAAUCUAUUACUUCAUACCACUGAUCACAGGCAUAAGUCCAGCAGAGAAAGAUCUAUCCAGUAGCACAGAAAAACUGCAGAAACCCAACAAAUAAUCAUGUGCCCACCCAAAGGUGAUGAAUUAGACUGGGAAUGGUGAAAAAGAAGAGGAGCUGCAUAUGUAGGGUAAUUCUCAAAACUACACACAAAUUUUCUACAGUAAUUUUUUUAAAAAAUCAAAUCUGAAAGCAUUUAUUGAAGAAUUUAUUGCAGCUAGGUUACUCCAUACUCCAUAACUUCCUCCAUAACAUUUCCAUUAUAGCAAAAAUUGCAACAGUGAAGUGCAAUCCUGUUCCACCUGUACAUACAGACAAAACUGGGCAGCUGAAGACACAAAGAAAUAGGAUUUAAUGGUAAGACUGGAUGGUCUUUUCCAAAUGAAAAGAUUCUAUGUUUCUAGGGCUUCUGUUUUUUAGGUCAUGAAGUCACACAGUGGUAUGAAUCUGUGGAAUAUCUAAUGUAACCUCUGUUUCUACAUGCUUUGUACCCUUUAAAAUGGGAAACUGAUAAAGCAGUUGGGAGAAAAAAAACAACAAACAAAUGCAACCACAUUUAAAACCUUCUUCCUCAUGCUGUAUCAUAAAACACUUCAGGGUACUUCAGUGUUUCUUAUUUGCAUGAGAAGUCUGAAAAGAAAUCCACUGAAGGCUUUUUUUCUUGAGAAUAACCUACUAUUUUAUACACAGGAUACAUAUCUUUGCUUAUUUCACACACAAAACCAAUUUUGUAGUAAUAAUUUACUCUCUGAUUUUUCACCCUCAUAAUUAUAGGCCUCCUCCAAGUAAAAUUUUUCACAAGCUUGAAAUUAAUAAAUUACCAUUCCAAUUUUUAAAGUAAUUUUAUGAAAUCAAAUAGAAGAAAAAUGCAUGCUACUCUGAUUUCUUGAAUGUAAUCUAUAUUGUUGAAUUUGUAGGCUGGAACUUCAGAAAUAUGUUUACCAUGAUUAUUCUAUGAACAAAAUAAAGCAGCAUCAUUUUUUACUUUUUGUCAGCAAGGCAACAGAGUCAUUUCCAUCGUGCUUGAAGUACAUUCUUUCUGAUAUGUUUUGAACAUAACAUUUCUGGUUUCUACAGCAUUUAGCUUUGUUCACAUUUGGACAGCAGAGCUGUAAUUAAUCUGAGUUAUCCUGUUCUCCCUGACUUUAUGAUGGCUGUUCCUCAGUGGUCUCUCUGCAUGAAUAUUUGCACUGCCAGGCCCAUUUCCCCAUCCCAUGACCUCACACGUGCUUGGGAGCUGCAGCUGGGGCAGCAGCAUUUCAGAAUUGCCAUGGGGGUGUGAACAGCUCCAGCCUUUCCACUGCACAGAACACAGCUCUGACUUCAAACUGUGUUUCACUGCCAGGUACUGGACAAACCCAGGUGGCUUUUGAAAGCCCAAGGCCACAGUCACCAGGUGACUGCUGCAUCCAUGGUCAAUGCAUGGACACACAACAAACCUGACUGUGUUUUAUACAUCACUGUGAUUAUGGGCUGCUCACAGCACAUGGAUGUGGAUGUUGUCAGAAAACAAAAUAAACGUCAAAUAAAAGCUGUAUGCAAAAGA